AUUUUCUCCAUCUCCAACUAUCACGAAAAACUGAAAUAUCCUAAAAAUUAUUUCUAGUGUGUUAAUGGUAAAGCAGUCGAGACAUUUAUUGCUUACCAACAGGAGAAAGAAAAACUAAUGAUUUGUAUAUGACAUGUCGCAUCUCCAUCUAAAUAUAUUAGCGUCACUCACUCCGUCGCGAACAAACUUGUCUAAGGAAUCUUCACCUAUUGCUCCUGAGACUGAUACAUUGGCAAGAGAAUCAGAUGUCAUCGUUUCUACUAAUGUUACUCUGAAUGCUGAAUAUAAAGGAUUCUUUGUUUAUGUUAUAAGUUCUAUAGCUUUAGCUAUUUGGAUUGCUUGGACAAUUUUACCGGAAAGAAUACUUGAGAAUUAUUUAUCUAUAUACUAUUAUCCUGAUAAGUAUUGGUCAUUAGCACUUCCUUCAUAUUCUUUAAUGUUAAUGGUAUUUAUUUAUGUGGGUCUUGCAUUAUAUAAUACUGAAGUUAAAACUUUACCAUUAGAUGAUAUAAGAAAUUUUGUUGAUGAAUAUUCUUCUAAUCCCGGAUCUAAUUUAGAUAAUUCUGAAGCAAUGAUUCAAGCAUCAAUUGAUUAUAUUCAUAAAGCUCCUAGUGGGGUAUGGGAUUUACCUAUCACAUUAGUUAAUGAAGUUCUAUAUACUGAUGAUUAUGAAUCUUGUUAAAAAGUGUGUACUAUUAGAACUCUAUAUAACUAUAUAUAUAUGAAUA